AUGCUGUUUUCAUCAUGUGGAUUCACUACAGAAAUGACCACCUUUGAUCAGCCAAGUAAAAUAAAAAACUUGUUUAUUUGCUGCCUGUGCCCCCCACGGGUGCUGAGAUUCUGGACCUGUAGGCGGCCAAGGACAAGGAGGAAUCUGCUAGUGGGCACUGUGUGUGUGAUCUAUUUGGGAUUCCUCAUCAGUCAAGUGGGUCAUGUUCUACCCCAGCACAAAGGAGGACACCAGAAGAUCAGUUCCAGAAGUCUCCAAGAUGCAGCCCAAACUCCUUUUCUGGGCAUCCCACUGGAUGGCACCCUGUCACCACCCAAUUUCCAGGAACCUCAGCUUGGUAGUAAUGGGACCUCGCUGCCACUCAAUGUAGUUUAUAUCACCCUGCGGUCCAAGCGCAGCAAGCCUGCCAAUAUCAGAGGCACAGUGAAGCCAAAGCGCAGGAAGAAAUACACAAACCCUUUGUCCCACAGGCAGCACUUUCCACAAGCCACUUUUAUGGGCCGGGAAGAGGCCUUUGCCCAGCAGGCACGGAGGGCCACACGUCGCAUGGGCACGAUGGCAGCAGCAGUAGCUCUGGAGGCAAGAAAGCACCAGCUGGAUGAACACAGGCAUAAAGAAAUAGCAACCAGGGAGAGGGGACACCAGAGAUCUGGGGGGAUUGCUGGAGUUGCAAAGGCACAGUCUGAGCCGGAAGAAAGCAAUAUCAGGAUUUAUAGUGAGAGCUCUCCCUCUUGGCUGAGCAAAGAUGACAUCUUAAACAUGCGCAUGCUGGCAGAUUCUCAGAUAGAGAGCAUCCAAGAAAUGCCUUCUCACAAAGCAGUCCUGGUAGUUUUUGCAAGAGGUGCCAGCACUACAGGAACUGCUUGUCGUCAGGGACACUGUGCCAUCGUCAAAAGACCCCUCGACAUGAGUGAGGUGUUUGCUUUUCAUUUGGACAGGAUCCUGGGGCUAAACAGGAGCUUACCUUCUGUAAGCAGGAGAUCGAAGUUCUUCCAAG